AUGAAAUAUUCUAAAACAGGCUCCGGUCGUCCUGUCAAGCAAAUGAUUGGUGAGGUUGCAAGUCGUGACCGACAAAAACAAAUUUUAACGAUGAAUUAUGAUGAUGAUUCAUUUAAUAGUAUGAAGAUAAAAUCUCAAGAAUUACGUGAUAAUAAUCAUAUUGAUCUUGAUUCAAAACUUCGUCUAUGGAAAGAAACACUUCAUAUUCGGCGAAAAUUGAUACGUGAUCUGUCAACUUCAACAAUUCUUGAAGAAUUUCCUGGGUACAAAGAUUCUUUCUUAAUUUUUGACGAAAUACGAUUGACUAUGGAAGUUGAUUUGCGUACUAUUGUACGUUACCAAGUACCGGUCUUAUUGGAGAAAUUAUUAUCUUCACCUGCUUUCAUCACAGUUCCUCCUCCAAUUCAACUUAUUCGAGUGUUAUGUCGGCAUUUUGGUGAAACAGUUCAUCAUAUUUAUUGUGAUACAACACCAUCAACUCCUUAUCCUACAUUAGUUCUGAUGAACGAUGUGAUGCAUAUUUUUGUGGAUUUUAAUCCAGUUGUAUCUUCGACUUCUCCUGAUGAUGGUUUAGCUCUUAUUUUGGCAAUGUAUGCCGUACUCGAAUUAAAUUUUAAUAAAAAUAGUCGAACAAUUCGAUUAUUAUAUGCAAUUGUAUUCGGUGAUAAACGAUUUAUUUCAAACAGUAUUCGUAAUUUGGUAAAAGAAAAAAAUAUUGAUAUAUCCUUCGAACAAAAUCGAAAAUUAUCAAAUAUUACAAAUACAAUUACAGAUAAUUCAACAACAACAAAACAUGCUAGUUCUCAUUCUAUGUCUCAAGAUCAAUAUACUUCAUCAUCAAUAGCUUCUUCAACAAAUACAAUUGUCAAUGAUUCAGUAGGUGAUAAUGACUCAAUUGAUAUUAACACCGAUUCUUAUGAUAAUUCCGAUAAAAUAGUUGAACAAUCAUCAUCAUCAUCAUCUUCAAAUGUUGUGGCUACUCAAAAGCAUAAACGUGCAGCAUCCACUGAAAAAUCAAAAGAUAAAGAAAAUUGUAUUCCAUGUGAUGACAGUAAUGAUGAUGAACAUGAUGAAGAAGAUAUUAUUUCUUCUGUUGGUUCCCGAUCAUCUUCAUCUGUUCGACAACCACGACAAAAGAAACGACGUUAUUAA